AUGGGGAAGGCGGGGUUCGGGGUGGCGGCGGGUUGCGCGGCGGUGACGUGCGCGAUCGCCGCGGUGAUGGUGGCGCAGCGGGUGGCGGCCAGGGCGCGCUGGCGGCGGGCGGUGGCGCUGCUGCGGGAGUUCGAGGAGGGCUGCGCCACGCCGCCGGCGCGCCUGCGCCAGGUGGUGGACGCCAUGGUCGUCGAGAUGCACGCGGGGCUCGCCUCCGACGGCGGCAGCAAGCUCAAGAUGCUCCUCACCUUCGUCGACGCGCUCCCCAACGGGGAUGAAGAAGGUGUAUAUUAUGCCAUUGAUCUUGGAGGAACAGACUUUAGAGUCUUGAGGGUUGAAAUUGAUGCUGGAUCUACAACCGUUAUUAAUCAGAGGGUUGAAACUCAUGCCAUCUCUGAGGAGUUGAUGGGCACAAGUCAGGAUUUAUUCAACUUUGUUGCCUUGACACUCAAAAAUUUUGUUGAAAGAGAAGAUGGAAAAGAUGCCCAAAAGCCACUUGGGUUUACAUUUUCUUUCCCUGUUAGACAGAAUUCAGUUUCUUCAGGGUCAUUAAUUAGGUGGACUAAGGGGUUUUCAGUUGGAGACACAGUUGGGAAAGAUGUCUCUCAGUGCUUAGAUGAGGCGCUUGCUAGGUGUGGAUCAAAUAUGCGAGUUACUGCACUGGUCAAUGAUACUGUGGGGACAUUAGCUCUAGGGCAUUAUUAUUACAAGGAUACAGUGGCUGCUGUGAUCAUUGGGGCCGGCACCAACGCUUGCUAUAUCGAACGCACUGAUGCAAUUAUCAAGUGUCAGGGUCUUCUUACAAACUCUGGAGGAAUGGUAGUUAACAUGGAAUGGGGAAAUUUCUGGUCAUCACAUUUGCCAAGAACUGCUUAUGACAUCUCUUUGGAUGACGAGACACAAAAUCGCAAUGAUCAGGGCUUUGAGAAAAUGAUCUCAGGUAUUUACCUUGGGGAAAUUGCAAGACUGGUACUCCAAAGAAUGGCCCAAGAAUCAGACAUUUUUGGUGAUGGUGCCGAAAGUCUGUCAACCCCUUUUAUUUUGAGCACACCAUAUCUGGCAGCAAUUUGCGAGGACGAUUCACAAGAUCUGAGCGAAGUCAGAAGGAUACUGCAAGAACACCUGAAGAUCCCCAAUGCCCCUCUGAAGACUCGGAGGCUGGUGGUCAAAAUCUGCGACAUCGUGACCCACAGAGCUGCCCGUCUCGCCGCUGCUGGCAUCGUGGGCAUACUGAAAAAGCUGGGCCGAGACGGGAGCGCCAGCGCGGCCUCCUCGAGCGGAAGAAUGAGAGAGCAACCAAAGAAGACGGUGGUGGCAAUCGAGGGCAGCCUGUACCAGGAGUACCCGGUGUUCAAGGAGUACCUGGAUGAAGCCCUGGUGGAGAUCCUGGGCGAGGAGGUGGCGCAGACGGUGACGCUGCGUGUGAUGGUGGAUGGGCCUGGUACCGGGGCCGCGCUUCUGGCCGCGGUACAUUCGUCGAAUAGACAGCAACAACAAGGAGGAAGGGGAGGAGGUUCCAUAUAG